AUGAACUAUCAUGUGAUUCCUCCUUAUAAUCUAGCCUACUCAUUGCUUCAAACAGAAAUUAUUGAUACUCUGUUGAAAGCACCUAAUACAAGUAUCCCAGAAAAAUUAAUACGAACUCUCAACUGUGGAGUUCUUGCAUUGAGAGGUAAUUUGAGUCUUGCUCUUGACAAAAGUAAUACGAUACGUGGAGUCGUCGACGAAACCGUAAUGCAGUUGGUUGUUGUCAUAGCCGAAUGGGAAAAAAAGAUUAAACAGAGUCAGAAAGAUCUCAGUGAUCUGUAUGCGCAGGUAACAUCUGUUCAAAAGCAAGUAGCUAUCGCAGAACAAGGUGUGAAAGAUAAACAAGCUGGUGUCAACUCGGCAAACGACGCUGUACGAGAUGCGGAACGAGCCAUGGAAGACGCAGUGAAUUGUCAACGACGACGCCGGCGUCGAAAACGAUUAUUUUUUAAUCCAUCGGGUUUUUUACAGCCAUUCUGUUCGGUGUUUGGGCAGAAGGGAAUCGAAAAUGCAAUGAAACGACAGUUGGAUGCUGACAAACAACUAGAAAGUGCCAAAAAUCAGCUUGAUACUUACGAAAAUACACUGCACGAUUUGCGAGCUCAACAAGAAGAAUUGAAAUCACAAGUGACCGAUGGCACUGCCGAACUUACCACACUCAAUUCCACCUUAUCUGAAUUUAAAACUCAGCAAAAGACGAUUGUGCAUAUUAGUGAACAACUCAAGAAAGUUACGUUUCAUAUUGCAACGAUUUUCAGCACUUCAACAAUAUUAAACGAUGUUAUUGAACGGCUGCUUGAUUUUGAACUACUCAUCACUCCUUUGAAUGCUAUACAUAAAAAUAUGUUGGAUAAUGAAAUCGUCUCAAAUGUCGCCACCACAACUACCAUUUCUGCUGCGGUAAUCACUCAAAUUCGAAUAAAUAUUGAUAAACUAGUUAUCAAAUUGCCGAACAUGCCGUUCAACGUGAAUGGAACAAAAUCUUGCUAG